AUGAAGUAUCUGAAGCCGUGGUGGUCGGAUAGCGGGGGCCUCCUGCACCUCACUAUCCUGCUGAGCUUGGCGGGACUUAACGUAGAUCUGGACGUCUACCUGCUGCUCUCGCCGCCCACUCUGCUCCGGGAUGAGCUGCUGCUCCUGGGCUGCCCACCGAGCUCCGCCUAUGCGCUCAGCCCCUUUGCGGCCUCGGGAGGAUGGGGGCGCGCGGGUCAGCUGCACCCCAAGGGCAGAGAGUCAGACCCUGCGGAGCUGUCCGAGGGCCGACUGCUCAGGGAGUUGUGCGCACUUGGGGUCCCUUUUAUUCCCCGCACCCGGGUGGAUGCGUGGCUGGUACAUAGCGUGGCGGCUGGGGAUGCAGACCGGGCGCACGGGCUACUCGGCGCUGCCGCCACCGCCUCGUCGGCGGGAGGAGUCGGUGCCAGCGUGGACGGCGGCAGCCAGGCGGCACCAGGGGGCGGCGGGGACCCUCGUGAGGCUCGGAGUGGCGCACUGGCCACCAGGGAGGAGGAGAAGGCACCAGCGGAACCGACGGCUGAAGUAUCAAAUCCCCGGGGACGCGCGAGCGAGGAAAUUGAGUUACAGAGAGAAAGGCACGAAGCUGUGAAUUAUAGUCCACAGCAUGAGGAAAAUGAGCAAAGGGUGUCAGCUCAGGAGAAAUCACUACAGCAGAGUAAUGGAGAUGGAAGUAACGUAGCAGAUACACGUGACUGGGAGGCAGAAAAGACCACUGACUCUAGAAAUGAGAGACAACUAAAUGGGACAGACAUUUUUUGCCUGGAAGAUUUAUUUCAGUUGCUUUCGUCACAGCCUGAAAAUUUACUAGAGGGCAUCUCACUGGGAGAUACGCCUCUUCUUUCCAGUAGUAACUAUGAUGGCCUGAACUCCUUAGCAACUAACAGUGUAAAUUUUAGCCAGGCUAUCAGCCAAGAUGUGAGUCUCCAUGAGGCCAUGUUGCUGUGUCCCAACAAUACAUUCAGAAGAGAUCCAGUAGCAAGGACUUCACUGCCACAAGAACCAUUUUUCCAAUUCAAUCCUCCUACCACCAAUACUGAACUGACUCUUCCUGGAACUAAUGUGACCAGGUUUGUUCCACUUGUUGACAAUCAGAUGAGGAAUCUACCAAACCAAGGCCUUCUGUGCGACCUUGAUGUAAACAUACUUGAUGAGAUAAAUUUAAUGUCUUUGGCCAUGGAAGAAGGUUUUGAUCCAGUAGAAGUUUCUCAGCUUUUUGAAGAACUAGAUUCUGAACUUUCCUUAAAUUCAAGUCACUGUAGCACCUCUGUUACUACCCACGAUUCCUCUCACUCUGUGUAUGAAGAAGGGGCUAUAGGUUAUAAUACUGACUUAGAAUCUUUUUCCCAACAUGACUUGGAAGGAGCUGUGGGAGGCUACUCCCCAGAACCUAUUUGUCACAUGAAUCACAGGAGUGAUUCUGGUUUUCAUGAGGAAGUUGCACUUCAACAUGUAUUUCAUAACCACACUUACCAUUUACAUCCAACUGCACCAGAAUCCACUUCUGAAUCUUUUUCAUGGCCUGGGAAGUCACAGAAAGUAAGUAGGUAUGUCAAUGACGCAGACAGAAACUUAAGCCGUGAUGAACGGCGUGCUAAAGCACUGCAUAUUCCAUUUUCUGUAGAUGAAAUUGUCCGCAUGCCUGUCGAUUCCUUCAACAGCAUGCUAAGCAGGUACUAUCUGACAGACUUGCAAGUAUCACUUAUCCGUGAUAUCAGACGAAGAGGGAAAAAUAAAGUUGCUGCUCAGAACUGUCGCAAACGCAAAUUAGAUGUAAUUUUGAAUCUAGAAGAUGAUGUAUGUAACUUGCAAGCAAGGAAGGAAGCUCUUAAGAGAGAACGAGCCCAAUGUAACAAAGCUAUUAACAUAAUGAAACAGAAAGUGCAUGACCUUUAUCAUGAUGUUUUCAGGUUGUUGAGAGAUGACCAAGGUAGGCCAGUCAAUCCAAACCAGUAUGCUCUUCAGUGCAGCCAUGAUGGAAGUGUUUUGAUUGUACCCAAGGAACUGGUGACCUCAGGCCACAGAAAGGAAAACCAAAAGGGAAAAAGAAAAAGUGAAAGAAACUGA